CCCGCGGGCUGGCUGGUGCGCUCGCUCGGCUCGGCGCGGGCCGCCGCCAUGAACUUCUCCGAGACAUUCAAGCUCUCGGGGCUGCUCUGCAAGUUCUCUCCGAAUGGAAAGUACCUGGCUUCCUGCGUCCAGUACCGCCUGGUGGUGCGGGAUGUGCGGUCCCUGCAGGUGCUGCAACUCUUCACGUGUGUUGACCGCAUCCAGCAUGUUGAGUGGUCGGCAGACUCCAGCUUCAUCCUGUGUGCCAUGUACAGGAGGGGUCUGGUGCAGGUGUGGUCUCUGGAGCAGCCCGAGUGGCACUGCAGGAUUGACGAAGGCUCUGCAGGGCUGGUGGCCUCCUGCUGGAGCCCCGAUGGGCGGCACAUUCUCAACACCACCGAGUUCCAUCUGCGCAUCACCGUCUGGUCAUUAUGCACCAAGUCCGUGUCGUAUAUCAAGUACCCGAAGGCAUGUCAGCAAGGAAUCGCCUUCACGCAGGAUGGCCGCCACAUGGCUGUGGCUGAACGGCGUGACUGCAAGGACUACGUGAGCAUCUUCGUGUGCGGGGACUGGCAGCUGCUGCGGCACUUCGACACGGACACUCAGGACUUGGCCGGGCUCGCGUGGGCCCCCAACGGCUGUGUGCUGGCCGCCUGGGACAGCUGCUUGGAGUACAAGAUCCUGCUUUACUCCCUGGACGGCCGCCUGCUGGGUUCCUUCUGUGCCUACGAGUGGUCACUGGGCAUUAAGUCGGUGGCCUGGAGCCCCAGCAGCCAGUUCCUGGCGAUCGGCAGCUAUGACGGAAAGGUACGCAUCCUGAACCACGUGACCUGGAAGAUGCUCACAGAGUUCGAGCAUCCGGCCACCAUCAACAACCCCAAAAUUGUCGUUUACAAGGAAGCCGAGAAGAGCCCAAGGCUGCUGCUGGGCACCCGGCCCUUCCCCCCGUCCAGAGGCGCAGUUACCUCUGUAGAGAGCAAAUACGAGAUCGCCUCGGUGCCCAUCUCCCUACAGACCCUCAAGCCUGCGGCUGACCGAGCGAACCCCAAGAUCGGGGUGGGCCUGCUGGCUUUCAGUGCCGACAACUACUUCCUGGCCACCAGGAAUGACAACAUGCCCCACGCUGUGUGGGUCUGGGACGUGCAAAAGCUGCGGCUCCUGGCAGUGCUGGAGCAGUUGGCCCCGGUGCGCACCUUCCAGUGGGACCCACAGCGGCCACGCCUCGCCGUCUGCACAGGCGGCCCCAGGGUCUACCUGUGGUCGCCCGCUGGCUGUGUUUCAGUACAGGUGCCCGGCGAAGCUGACAUCCAGGUGCUGGCUCUAACCUGGCACCGCUCUGGGGACUCCCUGGCCCUGCUCAGCAAAGACCAUUUCUGCCUGUGUUUCCUGGAGCCGCAGUGUGUGGGCACCAUAGGCCAGCUGGGAAAAGCCACGUAGGCCGAGCAGGCCUCUGCCCAAGGCCGAGCACUGCUGUAAAUAUGUACAUUCGGGGCGUUUUUAUUUAAAAUAAAUGUUUGCAGGUUUUCUG